AUGAAAGCUCCGGGUCUGGAAGAAGACAUAGGCUACAAUCCGAUCGUCUCAAGCAUCAAGACAGAAUCUGGCCUGUCUCGUGAGAGUGGAACAUUCUCCGAGUACAGUCUCCAAGGAUCGGUUAAAGAUGAAUUCGUUGAAGAUGUAAAAAAUCGACUGAGAGGACUUUGUGACAAUGUCGAAGCUGAACCCUUUCUUGAUCACGAAAUAACUUACAAGCUGGAAAAUUCAACUGGGGGUUCGGCCACUCUUCGUGUUUCUCGCUCCAUGGCACAGAGCAAAAUGCCCUGGCAACUGAAAUAUGUCGGUGCGGUGGAGUCGGCAACCAAGUCUUGUCUGAUGCGAAACCAAGUGACCGUCGGAUGCUCCGAAAACGUCACUUCUUUCUUGACCGAACUGGGCUUCCGAGCCGAGACAGAAUUUCUCAACAAGGGCUAUCUCUACCGAAAAGGGCGAGUGAAGAUCACUCUCUCAAAGCUGAACAAAAUGAAGGAGCCAGGACAAUCGGCAGAAGCAAAUCGAAUUCCAUUGACAAAGAGUCAUUUUGUCGAGGUCUCUGUUACUGUGCUCACUGGAACUGAAGAUCCAGGAAAGCUUUCGACUUGA